GUUCUGUCCGUCGACGUCCCGGUUCAACUUCGUCCGGUGUCGUGAGUCUCUCUGAUCUGAUUUCGGUUUCGGAGCUAAUGCCGAUUUAGCGGAACCUGUGAUUUUGCUGUUAGAAAGAAUGAGGGGGGAAAUGGAAUCCGUGGAUUUCGAUAUCAUGUUUCGGAUUCCUGAGAUUGGAGAGUGUGAAGUUGUCCGGUUCAGCUCAAUGGCUGCUCCCAUGUGUAGGAUUUCGGACAUUAAUGAAUCUCAGAUUCAGAGUUCUGAUUCCCUGUAUCGCACCGCAAUUUCCCACCGCCCAAUUUAUUAAACUGGCCGAGCUUACCAUGUUUUGGAUUUGAAUGCAAGAGGAAUAUAAUCUUGGGCUUCGAGCUUAUUUAUCCAUGUCCUGGAAAUUCUGAUGCAGUCUGACCUUCGUGGCUCACUCUGUUUGGUUCUACUGGGAAUUUUAAUAAUCUCAAGAACCAUAAAGAUGCUGAUGAUGAGUGCUUAGUUUAUAGUUGGUUAUAUUCGAAAGCAACGAUAUUGUUUUGGAUUGAUCAUCUGCUUGAAGGGUUUUUUCCCCAUUCAGUGCACAUUUUUAAUGCAUCUUAAGCAGAUGGGUUGAAGGGGAUUUUUUUUUCUUUAUUGGGUUUUCUGGAGCAAUGGCUAUUGCUGGUCUGCACAAUCUUUCUGUUCUUGAUUCUUCUUUUCUUAGAGAGCCUCAGUCUGCAGCAUCUAGACAACGUCUAGAUCAUGGGAGGCCAGGUAGCAGAGCAUCUGUUAUUCUGCAGAUGUGGCGGGAAUUGGAGGAUGAACAUGGGCUGAGUCCCCGUGGCACAGUCGGUGAAGGGUUCCUUCGACAACGGACUAAUACUUCCAAUGGUGCCACCUCUAGUACAAAUGCAUCUGAAGCUAGUCUUAGUGAACAUGAGGUUGCUGUGGAGGAUGUGGCUGUGAGUGAAAAUGGAAAUGAAUCAUGGUCUGGGAGUCAAAUUGAGUUGCAGAAUGAAACUGGGAAUCAACACAGUCUGGACUGCGUGCAAUCUUCUGAUUUCGGGGAACUUGAAAGGGAGAGAGUAAGGCAAAUUUUCAGGGAGUGGAUGAGCAGUGGUGCGAGGGAACAUUCAUCUAACGUUUCCCGCACCAACAAUAGUUCAAGGACUGUGCUUGGUGAGACAGAGCAGGAGAGAGUUAGAAUUAUACGGGAGUGGGUGCAGAUAAAUAGCCAGAGGGAUCCUUCUGGUGACACAAGGGAAGAUCAAGCUGCUGAAAUUGGUGCUCAAAUUGAACGAGUACGUGACGGUUUGAUUGCCAAUCAGAAUGAAUCUCGAGCGGAGAAUACUCGAAGGGGCAUUCGUCGAGUAUGUGGGAGGCAGGUUUUACUUGAUAUGUUGAAGAAAGCAGAAAGGGACAGGCAGCGAGAGAUCCAAAGUUUGUUGGAACAUCAACCAGUUUCCCAGUUUGCUCAUCGGAACCGUAUUCAGUCAUUACUGAGAGGAAGGUUUCUGCGGAAUGAAAGGCAGAUGGUGACCGAGAGAACCAGUUCUCUAGCAGCUAGUGAACUAGGAUUGUUGAGGCAAAGGCAAACUGUAUCUGGUCUCAGAGAGGGAUUUCUCUCCAGAUUGGACAGUGGCAGUCAUGCAAGCAGCAACCUGUCUCGCACCUCUUCCAACUGUGACCUCAAUGAUAAUGGGAGUGAUCAGGAUCACCUGAAUAAUUUGCCUUCUCAUCUGAACGAAACUUCUGAAGAAAUUGAGCCUUCUGCUGUAGAAAGUAACACUUGCGAGUCGUCUGAUGCUAGGGAUGAUCCUGAAGUUACCAUUGGAGGUAUCACUCAGCUGGAAGCGAAUGAUGAUCGUGAAGAAACAGAGGAGCCCAGUGCAGAAAAUGAAUCAUCAAAUAAUCAGCAGUUGGACCGUGUCAGGGUAGAGGGAGAGCUCCUCUCUAUUGACAGAGCGAAUAUUGGCCUGAGUCAUGAAGCCAGGGAAAUUGAAUCUGCAGAUCACAGGCAUCAAGCCAGUGAAGCCCUUCGUGAUCUCUCAGGGUCAAGAAGGGAGGAAACUUCCACUAGUAGCUUGUUGCAACAUACAGAUGAUCUGGGAGGCAACAGUGCACAGAAUUUAAUAGGGCAGGAUUCUACUGCCGAAGUGCAAGAGUUCGAGCAUGGCUUUGAAACUGUAGCAGAUCAGCAUGAAACUAGUGCUGAGCCAGUUGAACAGAGCGAUGCUACUACUGGUGAAGUCGUUGAUGAAAGUCAAUUUGAGAACCAAUGGUUUCAAGAGCAGUAUGGCAAUGAAGAUAUAGAAGACAGUUACCUUUCUGAACUCCCAGAGGAAGAAAAUCAAGAUGAUAAUUUCCAAGAGGCCGUACAGAGCUGGUUAGAGCAGCCUUCUAAUCGGGAUAUUGUUUCCAAUGGAAGUGUCAACGCAUUUUAUCCACCAGAUGACGAGAACGUAUACAGCAUGGAACUCCGGGAACUGUUAAGCAGGAGGAGUGUCUCCAAUCUUCUGCAUAGUAGGUUUCGUGAGAGCCUUGACCAGCUGAUCCAAUCGUACGUGGAGAGGCAAGGUCAAGCUACUAAUGAGUGGGAGCUUCACGAGACUUCGUCCCAUGACCCUGCAACUGUGGAGCAGGAUCUGGAGCAGUUGAAUAGAGAUGUUGAGGUUCAGAUGAGUGCUGUUGGAAGCCCCCCACUUGCACUGCCAGCAUUCCCUAUUCCAUCUAUGCAGUCGCAUUGGGACCAUGACUUGCAUAGUGAUAGUUGGCCACAGCCGGAUAUGCACCAGCGCCUUGGAAUUGAGUGGGACAUGAUUAAUGACUUGAGGAUCGACAUGGCAAGGCUCCAGCAGAGGAUGAACAACAUGCAAAGGAUGUUGGAAGCCUGCAUGGACAUGCAACUUGAGUUGCAGCGUUCAAUAAGGCAGGAAGUCUCAGCUGCGUUGAAUCGGUCGACUACUUCAUCAGGUGUCUGCGAGACCAAUAAUUUCGGGGAUGACGCCAAAUGGGAGCAUGUGAGGAAGGGAGUUUGCUGUAUAUGUCAUGAUAGCAAUAUUGAUUCUUUACUGUACAGAUGUGGACACAUGUGUGCAUGUUCAAAAUGUGCAAAUAAAUUGGUAGAGAGACAAGGGAAGUGCCCAAUGUGUCGGGCACCAGUGGUUGAGGUGAUCCGAGCAUACUUCAUUUCAUAAAGAUUAGGAGAAGAAAGGAAGGAAGAAUGUCCAACUAACAACAAUAAAUUCAUGCUCUGAGGCUAUUCCGAGUAUAGCCCCCGUCCAGCUCUCUGAAGGCCUGGGACGAGUUCAGGUUGGGUCUGCAUACAGUCCUAGGAGUUGAUCUGAUCGAGUUGUCGAUAGUACAGAGAAGCGUGUAAAUCUGACUGGAUUUGCAAGGUUUUAAGGAUUUGCAAUGGUUUAAUUGCAAACAUUCUAAUUGGAACUAUUCGAAGUUGUAGUUAUAAACUUUGUGUUCAACAGAAUGACAGAUGACAGUUGUUACUCAUCUCUAUAUUGAGGGAGCUCAAGUGAAAAGCCGAUAUUCAAUUUUCGCAC